CAGAGAGCUUGUAGCCCAGCAGCUCUGCCUUGAGGAAGUGAGGAUCUGCAAACUCUCAUUUCAAAUUCAUCAUCAUGAGUGAGAGACAAGGUGCUGGAGCAACAAAUGGAAAAGGCAAGGCCCCUAAUGAAAAUGGGGUGAAAUCCAGCAGGUUCUGGAGAACCAGUAGCGGAAAUUUUGAGUAGUUUGGAGAAUCGACAAAUACCACCUCUGGCUGGCCCCAGAGUGGGGUGGGAAUGGAGAUUUUGCAGUAUCCUUCCCCUGCCAUGCCCACCAAGUCAUACCAUGCCCACCAAGCCAUGGCCACAGAACUAUACACAAAAGAAGGUUCCAGAGGAUUUUGACAUAGACAUGGAUGCACCAGAGACAGAGAAAGCUGCCGUGGCGAUACAAUCUCAAUUCAGAAAAUUCCAGAAGAAAAAGGCUGGCUCCCAGUCUUAGUCUCUACCUCACAGUUUUCCCUAGUCUAUCUGGAAAUGAAUUAAAACAUUUAGAUGCAUGUACAGGAAUAACCACUAUUUAAAACCCCAAUUGUCAGGUAUCAAAAUAAGUAUGCAUAUGCUGUGGCUUAGUUUGCAUAUUGACAUCCAGUAUCAGUUCUUCUGUAAUCCACAUUUUACCUGAUAUUAAAAUAAAAUAUUAGGAUGAAAUUACUGAAAUUUGGUCAGUCUUGAGCUGCAUUCUUAUAUUAUUUCAAUAAAUCCAGUGCUUUAAAUUAAAACAA